UUACUCUGGCUCUAAUGAAUGAAGGGGAAAUAUUGGUGUUCCCCUUUUAUUGUUUUUCAAUUUGAAUUUGAGCAGCUGAGGAUUUAGAGUAGUUUAAAUAAUUUAUGCUUUUUCAUUCUCAGUCAGGCUCGUUGCAGUGAAGAUCUGCUGAGAAACAAGAUCAAGUCUCUGGAGGUGCAGCUGCAAGUCUGUCUGCAGAAGCUGCCCAAGGAUGGAGUGAAGAAACUGGUGAUACAGAUGGAGAAGCAGAAACUGCUGUAUGAGGAGAGGGCCCUGGUCGCCUUGCAGAAGAUCACACAGGAGAAAUCUGAGGCGCUUAGCAAGACUGAGACAAUGCAGGAAGCGCUAAUUACAGCAAAGGCAGAGGCCCGGAGGUGGCAGAGUCUUUAUGAGGAGCUGAAGCUGAGCUCUGCACAACUAAAGGAGAACCAGCACCUCAGUAAUGAGCAGCUGCAACAGCUGCACAGCCAAGUGGAGCUGUCCAGAGCCAGAGAGGCCGCGCUGAGGGAUGAGGUGGUGUCAUUGAGACAAGAGAGGCAGGAGCUGCAGUACAACAUUUGCCUUCUGGAAGAGGACAACCAGAUUUUAAGGGAGGAAAUCCAGCACAUUACAGAUGGCAGCAAUGAGAGCCAGGACUUCCUGAUGCAGGGGCUUCUGACGUCAGAGGAGGCAGAGCCACGACUGACGGCGAGGAGAGACUCUCAGGUGGAGGAGCAGCUCCGUCACACUCAGGAGAAACUGCAACUCAAAGAGAGAGAGUGUGAGGAGCUGCAGACAGAGCUGCAGGCCAUGGAGCAGGAGUGUAAGUCCAGCCAGGCCCGGCUGUCGCAGUGCAGGGAUGAGCUCCGGCAACUCAGUCACCGCCGCAGGAGAUCGACACGAUGUGGCUCCUGGUGGAAGGUGUGUGUGUUUUUCCUUCUUCUCGCUGUGGCGGGGGUUGCCAUGUUGUGGCUGUGGCAUCCUCCUUUCAGGGAGCAAGUUGAAGACCUGUACUCAGACAUAGAGAGACGUAUCGAAGAUUAUCUCAUGGACAUGGCCUCUCCUCAACACUCAGGCUGUUUUAGACCGAUAUGAUGAUGUCACUGCUCAGGAACAUUGUUUUUGUUGUUGUGUUAUUUUUAAAAUAUGACUUUUUUCUAGGAUGUAGUUAAUAUGGUUUAAUUUCAUGCAAUUUUAAACUUGGAAAUCAACGUGUGUGUGUUUGUGUAUGUGAAAGUGUUGUGGUGAUGUGUGUAGGGAGUUUGCGGAAAGUUCAGAUACAAGAGACCACUUCCAGAGUGAUAAAUGUUUGCAUAUGAAAAGCACUAUCACAAGUUGGCUGAUAUAAAUGACGUUUUAAGAAACUGUGAGUCAAUGAUAAUAAUAGUCAGGAGAAGAAAAACAGGAAGUAUCCUCUGUACUGUAAACAGCUUAUUUAAUGGGAAGCACCACCAUGAAUUGUUAAAAAGCCAUAUAAAACACAAAAAGACAACACAUUAUUCUCUCAGCUGCCAACUUCGAUAAAAGAAUGUGGGGAGAGAAAAAACUCAAUAAAAGAGCCAUUAGAGUUUUAUAUUGUACGAAAUAAAGAAACAUUGUUAGUAUAACAAAUGUCACUGUUUGUUGAAUUGUUUUGAAAAACAUUUUUAGUCUUGAUGAUACCGAUUUGAAAUUGAAUAAAGUCAGUGGUUGGA